ACACAUAUACGCAUCUCACCGGACUCGUCAGUGAUGCUCGAAAUGUUCGACACAAAGGCGCUGGGCUUCUUCGUUCCGGCGCCGACAUGGGGCAUCGAAGAUAUUCCGGAUCUCACCGGGAAGGUUGCUAUCGUGACUGGUGCAAAUACAGGUAUUGGCAAGCAGUCCGCAAAACACUUGCUGCAGAGUGGAGCCACAGUGUACGCCGCUGCGCGGUCUGAGGAAAAAUGCUUGAAUGCCAUUGAGGACAUUAAAGCAGAGACUAAGCGGUCUGAUAUCCACUUCCUCCAUCUUGAUCUCGGCGACAUUGCCCAAUCAUACAGCGCCGGACUCGAGUUUGCAAAGAGUCAUGACCGUCUCGACAUGCUGAUCAACUCGGCUGGUGUUAUGACCCCUCCGAAAGGCAGCCGUACAAAGGACGGGUACGAUCUUCAGUUCGGCACGAAUUGUAUAGGCCACUUUGCUUUCUCCCAGCCGUUACUGAAGCUAUUGCGAUCCACUGCUAAAACCGCGCCAGCAAACUCGGUGAGGAUCGUUUGGGUCUCUAGCGCGGCCCAUUUCCUCGGUUCAAAAGAAGGCAUCGACUUUGAGUCGAUCACAGAAGUCUCACGAGUCAGCCCGUUCUAUCAUUACAGCCAAAGGCAUGUUUGCGAAAUGCUCCACACGCUAAGCGAGCGCAGUAAACUCGGCUCCAUUCACCUGGCGAAUGAGUGUGCAAACCGCCUACGAGAUGAUGGCAUCAUUUCCGUCUCCCUUCGAAACAUCUCGACCGAUUUGCAGCGCAACAUGUGGUUGGUCCGGACCUUUAUGCCGCUCUACUCGGCUUCACUUGGAUGCUUGACUCAGCUCUAUGCAGCGACAUCGACCGACGUCACGAUGGCUGAUACAGGAUCAUACUACGUUCCCUGGGCUCGAAAGUAUCAUCCAUCUCAUCCAAAGGCGAAUGACCCAGACAGUCAGAGAAGCACAUGGGAGUUUUGUCAGGCGCAACUCGAGAAAGUGGUAGGACCCACUGUGGGUCUUUCAUAG